AUGAAAUUAGAAAAUAAACUUAACGAGUAUGACUGUUUAGCAUUUGAUGGAGGUUAUUAUUAUUAUAUAGAUAAAUUUUUAGAAAAUUGUGAUAAAAAAGGAAAUGAUAAAAUAAACAAUAGCAACUUUAUGUUUCCAAUUAGGAAAAAGAUAAACGAGGAUCUUACUGAUGAUGAGAUUUUAUAUAAUGAAACUUUUGGUAGUUUUCGUAAUAUAAAACUAUAUAAUAUUCAAUUGAAACUAUCUUUAUUACUAUUAAAUAUUCAAAGAUUUUGUAGCUUAUAUAAUAUUCCAUUAAAACCUAACCACCUAUUGUGGGCUAAUGAUAACUUCAAUUAUCCUAACCCUAAAAAUAAUUUGAUAGACAACAUAAUAUACAAGUUUGAUAUUUUAAAGUUAACCGAAAUGAGCAAUAGACAGUCAGAAUUUAUAAACAACUAUUUUGAUUGUAACGAGAAUCAAUCUAUAAGAUUAAAUGAAAUAGAAAUGGAAAUCGAAAAUGAUGAUGAUGAUGAAAAUUUUGAAGUUGAAAAGAUUUUGGACCACAGAAAAUUUAAAAAAAGGAUGAAGUUCUUGAUAAAAUGGAAGAAUUAUGAUGAAACUUAUAAUGAAUGGAUAUGGCAAGAGGAUUUUAAUGAAACAUUUAUAAUAGAUGAGUAUUUAGCAUCAAUUAAUUUUUAA